AUGUUGUCCGAGAAUCCGCAUCCUAUGUCACUUUUUCGAUCACCGUCACGAUCCCAAAAUCAUAAUUCACCUCCUAAUUCACAACCACAACAAAUUCAAUCUUUACAAGAUUCACAAAAGAAAAGUUCUUUCAAACGACCAAUUAUCACAGGUCCUAAUACUCCUCCGUUAACACCACCUCGUCAUCAUCGUCCUUAUAAGAGACGUAGUUCUUCAACCUUGGUUGUUAAGAAAUCAGAUGGUGCCAUGGUUAGUUUGCUGAACGAUGAAGAAGAGUCGACCUUAUCUCCAACUUCCUUGUUUUCUGACGACGAAUCGGUGUUUUCUUCUGUCUCUAGUUGUGGAUGUUCUGAUGAUGGUUUGACCUCUCAUAUACACUCUCCACAAAGACAACGCACAUCUUCAAAUCCCUCUCUCACAAAUACUACCACAGUAAAUAAACGUAAAUAUAUUUGUCAACAUCCUGAUUGUGGUAAAAGCUUUACUACAAGGUUGGUCUCCUUAAUACAUUAUAAUAUAUUACAUUAUUAUAAUAUAUAA